UCCUGAAAAGAAGGGAGGUAGGAAAGAAAGAAGCUAAUAUAAUAGCUAGACAUACAUAUUUCAAAGAAAAGGAUGCUUUGGAAGAUUUUGCUGCUGCUGCUGUUCUAUUAUAGUGCUCAUGCCACUGUAACCUACAGAUGGAGCAGAGCUAUGCUUUACCCAGCUGCUCAACGGUUGAAGAGGUCCUCAGCUGCCUUCCUUAAUCCAGUGCUACAAAACUCCCUGGAAGAUGUGGCGCUGCUUUAUGAGUUUCUUUUAGCUGAGCUUGACAUUGACAAAGGUCAGAGAAUCUCCAUCAAAGAUGAGGAGCUGGCUUCGCUGAGGAAGGCUGCUGAGUUUGACACCAUCUGCAAUGAGAUUAUUCCCAAGAGCAUCACAGAGAUCCGCAGGCUGAGUAGCAGGCUGUCCUCUUACCCAAGAGUUCUCAAGAAAGAAGACUUUGAAAGGACAGUGCUGACCAUGGUCUACACAGCCUACAGGGCUGCUCAGUCCCAGGGACACCAGAAGGACACUUGGGCAGAAUCCUUUGUCAAUCUUUACAAAGCCCUGAAGCACGACUUGAUGUUCCCAUACAACAAAGAGACAUCAUAGAAGGAGACUCAAAACAGCAACUACUCAGCCACCUCUUCUGGCUGAUAAGGGGCACACGUAGCACGUCCACCACUUUAUUCUAUAAAAGGUUUAAUAGCCUGCUUCAUGAGAGAUUAUUUGUUUUCUAGCUCCCUCUUGUGGAAUUCACUUUAUAGAUACAUGUUAAACGGGGAAAAAAAUUGUCUUCAAUCUCCCCAGUUUUUUUGUUUUAUUUUGUUAUGGCUUUGAGGCAUUUCUGUAAAAGGAAAACAAGGAAGUCUGGUGUAUAUUCCAGACAGAUAUGCCUUUAUUUUAUCUGUGUGUUUCAUAUAAACAAUGCAUAAGAAUGCAACGUUUAUGCUCACAUAGCUGUGUGCAUGUGCUGGAGAAUGCUGCUUUCCUCGCUGGGGAAAUAACUUCAUAUUUCAGCUGCCCAGUAAAAGAAUACUAAAAAGAGAUGCAAAGGCUCUCUGUAUAAGGAAAAGGUUUCAUAACUGUCAGCCUCCAGAAAUUAUGGCAAAUAUAUGCAUUCCAAAUAUUCCUGUAAAUAAG